AACAUCUUAGAUUCGAAAAGUAAUAAAAAGCCCGGCAAACACUGUUACCUCUCCAUCUCCUUCAUUUGUUGUUUCUUUCAGAGUCAGAAGUGAGAAGAGCCAUGCCAAUGUCCAACCUCUUCUUGAUUCCCAUUGUUACAACACUUGUUUUCAGCUGCUGGGUUCAUGCCUCUGCUGGUGCUCCCUAUCAACGUCACCGCAUCAAUGAGACGCACUUUUCUUUGUUGGAGCCUUAUGAAGCUUCCUCAUCCCUCAUUGGGAGGCCUCCUCUCAUGGUUGGAUUCACCCUUAUUCAAACUGCGGCUGCUAAAGGAGCUGUUUGCUUAGAUGGAACAUUGCCUGGUUAUCAUUUGCAUCGGGGAUAUGGAUCAGGAGCAAAUAGCUGGAUCGUUAAUUUAGAGGGAGGUGGGUGGUGUAAUAACGUUAGAACAUGUGUUUUUCGGAAGAAAACACGGCGUGGAUCAUCAACAUUCAUGGAAAAAGAGAUACCUUUUACCGGAAUACUAAGCAAUAAAGCUGAAGAUAAUCCAGAUUUUUUCAACUGGAACAGAGUAAAAAUUCGUUAUUGUGAUGGUGCCUCUUUCACUGGGGAUGGUGAAGAUAAGGUUGCACAACUGCAAUUUAGAGGACAACGUAUUUGGUUGGCUGCAAUGGAAGAUUUGAUGUCAAAGGGAAUGCGUUUUGCCAACCAGGCUCUUCUUUCUGGAUGCUCUGCGGGUGGUCUGGCUACUAUUAUACAUUGUGAUGAAUUUCGAGGUCUAUUCCCACAAACUACCAAAGUGAAAUGUCUCAGUGAUGCUGGGUUAUUUCUUGAUGCGAUUGAUGUGUCUAGAGGGCAUACCCUUAGGAAUUUUUUCAGUGGUGUUGUAAACCUGCAGGGAGUGCAGAGGAAUCUGCCUCACGUUUGUACUAAUCACCUUGAUCCCACUUCGUGCUUCUUCCCUCAAAACUUGAUUGCCGGUAUUAGAACCCCUCUAUUCAUUCUUAACACUGCCUAUGAUUCAUGGCAGAUACAAUCAAGCUUAGCUCCUCCAACAGCAGAUCCACAUGGCUAUUGGCAUGAUUGUAGAUUAAAUCAUGCUAAAUGUACUACUUCACAAAUUCAAUUUUUACAAGGAUUCAGGAAUCAAAUGCUGAAUGCUAUUAGAGGCUUCUCAAGAUCAAAUCAGAAUGGAUUGUUCAUAAAUUCAUGUUUUGCUCACUGCCAAUCCGAGAGGCAGGAUACAUGGUUUGCUGAUAAUUCUCCUGUCAUUGGGAAGAAGGCAAUUGCUCUGGCUGUUGGAGAUUGGUAUUUCGACCGAGCUGCAGUUAAGGCCGUUGAUUGUCCUUACCCUUGUGAUAAUUCAUGCCACCAUCUUGUAUUCAGAUGAGCCAAAUUUCAUUAAUCGUCACCAUUUCAAUCAUCUCAUUCAUUUGGGGCCUAUUCCCAUAUGCAAUUAGCAAAAAAAUGCUAUUCAAUUCAUAAAAAUGCUGGUAAUACAUUUUUUUUAACACAUUUUAUUAUUAGGUGAAAGUCAUGUGGGAUUCACUCCUUAUUUGGUGAGACUUGUAUGAAAUUCAUCUAAUGAUAAAAAGUGUUAAAAAAAUAAGUUAAAAAAAGCGAGCAUUUUUAAUUAUCAAAGACAAUAACAGAAAAUGGUUGCUUGAAGUGCAAAUUUAAUAAGCCUUUUCCAUGAUUUAGUAAUUGGUGGAAGUGUAGAUUACCUAGUUGGGAAUGUUGAGGCAAGUGGUUAUAGUUUUUAGAAAGAUUGGGAGUUAAUAGACAAUUAGAAUUUAUGUACUGUAAUAGGGUAAGCAUUGACAAUGAGUGAAUGAGAUAAUCUCAAUCUCAUAUUUCGGUUUCAGAUGGAAUAAAAAGUUGGUCAUUAUUU